UGCGAGGAGGAGUUUUGGGGGGGGGGGGUCAAGAUGGUGAAGAUCUUCGUGGGCAACCUGUCGCGCUACUGCAGCCCGAGCGAGCUGCGCAGCAUGUUCGAGAAGUACGGCGAGGUGAGCGAGUGCGAGGUGGUGCGCAACUACGCGUUCGUGCACAUGGAGAAGCUGAGCCAGGCGACGCGCGCCAUCAAGGCGCUGCACCGGAGCAACGUGCACGGCGCGCACAUCACGGUGGGCGUGGCCAACGCGCGCACGCGCAACACCACCAAGGUCUUCGUGGGCAACCUGGCCGAGCCGGUGUCGGGCGCCGCCAUCAAGGAGCUCUUCCAGCGCUUCGGCCGGGUGGUCGACCUGGACGUGGCGCGCACCUUCGCCUUCGUCUACAUGGAGCAGGAGCGCCAGGCGCUGGCCGCCAUCCAGGCCCUGGACGGCACCCCGCUGAAGGGCCAGAACAUGUUCGUGCAGCUCUCCCGCUCCAACCCGAGCCGCGAGUCGUGGGACCUGGGCGGCGCCGGCGGCCCCCAGCAGCAGCAGCAGCAGUACCGGGACGACGCGGGCCCGUACCCGCCCUCCAGGCCUCCGUCGGCGGGCCACCACUACUACUACUACGAGGACGACCAGGCCGGCUACUACGACCCGUACCGGCCCCCUCCGCCCCGGGGCGGGGGCCGGCCGCCCCCGUUCGGGCCUCACUCGGCUUACCAGGACCACCGCCGGCCCCCUCCCGGCAUGAUGAGGCCCGUGCCCCCUCCGCCGCCGCAGUACCUGAGGGCCCCUUACCUGAACGGCUACGGCUCCAGGCUUCGUGGUUACUGAAGAUUUUUUUUUUAGGGUGGGGAGGGGGUUGAGGUGUUAGAUCAGCGGGUGGACGACGGGCUGUCCACCUCGACCCCCUCCCCUCCCUCCAUCUAUCCCCUUCUCUUAACCAUCCCCACCCCCAAAAACUCCCAUAGAGAACGAGCGAGAUUCCGCCCCCACAUCACCACUCGCAGGCUGCUCCUGGAUGGGAUAGAGGGGUUAAGAAGGCCCACUGAAGCCUUGCGAGUUGUUUUUGGUGGGGUGGGGGGUGGAAGAAUGCGAAGAGAUCGCCAUCUAGAAAGAGUCUUUGGUUGCUGGGAGGUUGUGCAGGUUCCCUGGUACAAAGCCAUGGAGGGGGGAAAUUGUGAAUCUCCCUUUAAAGUUAGCAGUAUUGGUGGGGUAGUGGGGCAAGGCUGGAGGGGCUUUGAAGAUUCACUAUCAACACAAGGGGGGAUGUUAUCACCAUCUCUCGUGCUCAAGAGGCCUACAGCAAUCAAACAGACCCCCCUCUCCCUCAUUUUGUUUAGCUUUUCACCUUUUCUGUGGUGGGUUUCCCAUAUCUUUUUAUGUUCUAAGUUCACUACCCUUUUGUGUCUCUACCAUUUCCCCCAGCUGUCAUGCAAACCUGUUUCUCUUUUGCCAGAUGCCUUCCCUUUUUUUUUGAGGGCCAAAUGAGUUCCUGCUUGGAAAAAGUCACUCAGCAGCGAAGAUUAAUGGGAUUGGUGGGGGGGAGUGGAAUGAUUACAGGAGGAACUGAGAUCACACCGAGCCGAGACAGGCUGCUGGAUGCAAUUUGACUUUCUCAAGGAGCGUCAGUCUGUCUGAUCCUUGUAGAUUUUGGAGCCAGCUGUUCUGCUUAUUCUCUGGGGGAUGGCAGUGGUCUGAGUUCAUUCGGUGACUUGCGUUGUUCAGAGUGAGGGCUGGAACUGGGACUCAUUCACAUCUCUGCUAUAGCGGGGGACCCGAUAACUACAAUUUGGCUCUAGCUGACUGCAAUCACCUGGGGCUUUGAAGGAAGGGGCUGGAACUGGGACUGGCGCUGUUAUCCUGAGGAAGUCUUCUAACUCCAUUGUCUGCUCAAGAUUCAUUCUUCUGAUUGGGGAAGGGGGUGGGUCUGGUAAUGGGAAUUUAUCCAGCACUUGUAGUGGGCAUAUUCAUGGUUUAUUAAUGUCUUUGUUCACUGGGGAGGGAUUGAUUUCUGAAAUGGAAUCAAGAUCUUAUGGGGGUGAAUUUCACUGAUUUGUAUGUAACUUGCAUGUUUUCAUGGGGGUUAGUGGGUCUUUGAGCACAUGUAAUGGGGGGUUGGGAUUCUUGCUUAUUUACUGGGGAUAUUUUUCUGGAAUGGGCUGUAAUGAACCUUGUAACAGAGAACCCCAGCUGCAAUUUGCUGUGUAAUUCCUGGCUGUUUUCCUGUGAUGGGGUAGAUGGGUCUUUACUUGAUGCUUUGUGUACUUUUUGGGGUUAGGGAGUAGUGUCUCUGUAAAGUGUUUCUGGGGGGGGGUGGGGUGUGAAUUGUAAUGUAGUCAACUUGCUUUGGGGGUUUUUCCUGAUCUUUAAGCAUUGCUGUCUUUUUCUUUUUUUCAAAGAAAAAAACAGGCUCACUAUGCCGUUUUGUCAAAAUUAUAAAGCUAGUGUAAAGGUU